AAAUGGCGCCGAUAUGUGAACACUGAACAGUAGAUGAUCCCCUAGUUGUAGUUAAGUGAAGUUAAGUUAAGUAGUUGAAGUUAAGUGAAGUUUGUUUACAAAUGUCACGGCCUUUAAAAUAUUUGCGAGUUUUAUUAUUGAUUAAUUAUCAUUCUAUAAUUGAUUAUGUAAAAUAUAAUGAAUUAUGUAAAAAUGAGAAUUUAAAGAAGAGAAUUUAGUAUUCAAAUUGUUUAAUGAAUUGUGAAUAGUAAAUUUUUAAGAAUUCAAAAUGUAUAGUGAGUGUUGAGUAUUCAAAGUGUUUAAUCAACAAUAAUUUUAUAUUAUUGAACAGUAAAUUACUUUUUGUUUAUCAUCCGCAACUCAACAUUUAGCUUUAUACAACAACAUACUACAAUAAGUAUAGUUUUAAUUGAACAUGCCUACAAAUUGUUGUGUCCCUGGGUGUAAAUCAAACUAUUAUAGAAAAACCCCCUUAGUGUCAAUUUUUGCUUUUCCCAAAGAUGAAGAGCUGAGGAAAAAGUGGAUAAGGUGUAUCCAUAGGAAAGAUUAUAAAGUCACUAACAAUUCGGCUGUGUGUAUUAAUCAUUUUAGAGCAUCAGACAUUAUUAAAGAAGACAAGUUUUUGUGUGAAGAUGGUUCUUAUGUGACUGUUCCAAGAAAAAAAGUAAAACUAUGUGAUGGUGCCUUCCCUACAAUUUUUUCAAAUCAGCCUUCUUACAACACAAUUAAAUCGUGUGUAAAGGAUCAGAUGGAUAGAAAUGAAUCAGAUUAUUUGCUGAUGAGUGACGUGGCCUUCUAUGAAAGUGACAAGCAGAACACAACCGAUUCCAAUCAGCAGCAGACGGCAACCGUUGUUGAGCAGGAAAACAAUAGCCGCCAUGAACCAAAGCCAGAGUGCAGCUAUGCUUCGUCUCCAAUCAAUGAUGAUGACGAUGAUGACCAACAACAAUUAGCCAAUUUUUGUCAAGUAAUCAUCAAAGAAGAAGUGAAAGUUGAGGAGGAAGAGUGUGGAGGUACUUCAGUGGACGACGAAGUGGAGAUUUCGCUUACUGACUGCAACCCAUCUGACGCCACCGCUGCCGCUGCUAAUGCAACACAAGUGGAUCAACUCAACAGUGAGAAUGCGACUACUAUUUCUCCAGUCAAAAAGUGUACUGACCCGUCUGUAGUUGAGAAAAAGAUCAAGCUUCACGUCUGCGCAUUUUGUGACUUCAAAUGCACUCAAUCAGGUCAAUUGACAAUACAUAUCAGAACACAUACGGGAGAAAAACCUUAUAGCUGCGAUGAUUGUGACUAUAAAUGUAUUAGUUCAAGUCAUUUGAAAAGGCAUAUUAGGACUCAUACCGGAGAAAAGCCUUUUAGCUGCCCACGUUGUGACUUGAAAUUUGCUCAAUCAAGUCAUUUAAAAAUGCAUAUCAGAACUCAUACUGGAGAAACACCUUUCAGUUGCAAGCUUUGUGGCUUUAAGUGUGCUCGUUCACCUGAUAUGAAAAGACACCAUAGAACUCAUACAAGAGAAAAACAUUUUAAUUGCAAAUUUUGUGACUAUAAAGGUGAUUGUUCAAAGCAAUUGAAAAUACAUAACAGAACACAUAAAGGCAAAACAGUUUUCAGCUGCGAUCAUUGUGAUUAUAAAUGCACUAAUAUUACCAAUUUGAAAACACAUAUGAGAAGUCAUUCCGGAGAGAAACAGUUCAGCUGCAAAUUUUGUGACUAUAAAUGUAGUCAGUCAAAUCAAAUGAAAAUACAUAUCAGAACACAUAAAGGAGAAAAACCUCAAAGCUGCGAACUUUGUGACUAUAAAUGCACUAAUUCAGACGAUUUGGAAACACAUAUGACAAGUCAUACUGGGGAGAAUCUUUUCAGCUGUAAACUUUGUGGCUUUAAAUGCGCUCAAUCAGAUCAAUUAAAAAUACAUAUCAGAUCACAUAUAUACGAUUGCAAUCUUUGUGACUAUAAAUGUACUAAUUCAAGUCUUUUGAAAAGACAUAUUAAAAUUCAUGUAGAAGAAAAACCUUUCAGCUGCGAUCGUUGUGACUAUAAAUGCAGUAAAUUGAGCCUUUUGAACAGACAUAUUAGAAGUCAUACUGGAGAAAAACCUUACAGCUGCGAUCGUUGUGAUUAUAAAUGCGCCCAAUCAGGUCAAUUGAGAAUACAUAUCAGAUCACAUACAGGGGAAAAACCUUACAGCUGCAAUCUUUGUGACUAUAAAUGCACUCAAUCAGGUCAAUUGAAAAUACAUAAAUUGGGUCAUUUAAAGGUGGAUAUGAAAAGUCAUACUGGAGAGUAGCCUCUCAUCUGCGAUUUCUGUGAUUUCAAAUUCACUCAAUCAAGUAAUUUGAAAGCAAGGAUUAAUAAAUUAUUGGAACUUUCAUGUAGAAUAUUAUUGCAUAUUUAGGGCGGGACUUGUAGAUGAACUUGGGCUUUGUUCAUUCGCAAUCGGUAGUUUUCAUCGAACAGUAGUUUUUAACAGUUUUCAAAUCAGAAGUGAUCAUGUUAUUCUACUCUUGCUUGAUUGAAUGAGCGAAGCGAAUUCUAUGUUUCAAGUCAAUCGUCGUUUGACGGUUUGUUUGUUUGAACCGUAGUUAGAGUCGCAGUUAUGAUCAGAUUUGAAUGAAAUUUGGUAUGCAAGUACUUUGAAACAAGGCGCAGAAACGUAUUUUAAACAGUUGUAAUUCAUCCCCGUUUCAAGAUGGCGGCCCUUUAUUCGGAAAUUUUACCCUAAAAAUCAACCUAACUUUUCUAUUUCUACUUUAUCAGAUCAGGUUCAAAUUGGGCACAUUCUUCUCAGCGCUUCAAAGAUGUUUUAUUUCAUGUAUCACAUGUCAAGAAUUUUUAAAUUUUUGAAAUUCAAAUUUUUUUCCAAGUCCCAAAUUUUAAGUUUUUUAACUCUUUAACCGUGCAUCCUAGCUCAAAAGUCUAAGAGACUUUUAUUUUCCAGCGCUCCAAGGCGGUCUUAUUUCAUACAUCACAUGUUGAAAAUUUCUAAUUUUUCAUAAUUAGAUAAUUUUUUCCUCAAGUUUCAGAUAUUUUAUCUCUUCAACCGUGCAUCCUAGCUCAAAAGUGUAAAGAACUUCUAUUUCUUAGCGUCCUCCACCAAUCCUAUUGCAUAUAAUAUCAUCAUUCUCUAAAUCCAAUUUGUUUGUGUGUGAAUAGACGGGCGUGUGUGAGUAGUGAUGUUAGUGAGUGUUGCGAGUUCUACUGUUCCUACUACUCUACUGCUCUAUUGAAUUUACGAUUCAAUUCCAAAUUUAGUUGAUUAGAAAAUUGUUGACUAGUAUCCAUGUAGAUCUCUUGCCUUUUCUAAAUUUCAGGGCGGAGCCUAGCCUCCUCAUCAAUAUUUAUCGAGAUCUAACCCCCUAUUGCAUUGUUUCCACUAUUUCAUAAUAUUAUAAAAACGUUUUUUUAAUAUAAAUCAUUCAUCUAAGGCUGGCCACUAACGAUAGGACCUGCAUGAUGAACAUUUGUGUAAUACAUGUCUUUGUGUUGUUUUGUAAUCACAGUCAAAGGAUUUGAACAAAAGUUUUUGUAUCUUCGAUUUUUUGUUGCUUAUUUUUUCUUCACUAAUAUAUUUGAGGUUAAAUUAUUUUUUACUCGCUUCGCUCACCUGCAUUCUUCAUUCGAGCAUGCUUCCUUCCGUCAAAUAGAUACAGACUUUCAGACCCUUUCCAGCUAAAUAAAACCGCCGAUUUUGGGCGGAUCUUUGGCGUUAUUUCAAAACUCCUCCAAUACAACAUUUUUAAACCUCAGCUGAGCCUGUUUACUAAAUUCGAACAAAAACGCUGAGGAACGCUAGGAAGACACUUUAAGCUACUCAUCAUUGGCGUCAAUUCAAUUGAAAACACAGAAAACGCUAGGAAAAUGCAGUAAAUUUGCCAUCUUGAGCGUAUCUUUGGCGUUAUCCUGAAGUCAUCUCAAGAAAACAUUUCUAGGCCCUCAGCUACACUUCUAUACCAAAUUUGAAUAUUUUAUCUUAAUUAUUUCUUGAAAAAUCUCAAAAAACGCUAAAAUACGCCGAUUUUGUGCGGAUCUUCAGCGUUAUUCCAAACCCCUUUAAUACAUCAUUUUUACACCUCACCUGAGCCUGUGCACCUAAUUUGGACAUUUUUGUCGAUUAGUUCUUGAAAAAGCUAGGAAAACGCAGAUUUCACAAAAAUAUUUUAUUAUAUUUAAUUUAUGUUCACUUCAACAUACUGAAGUCGUAAUAUCGUAAUAUAUUUGUCAGUUAUACUGAUUGUAUAAUGCUCGAAGCUAUUAUUAGGGGCAUGAUUGCUGAUUUUUUUUACUUUGUAUUAUUUUCAGGGUAUAAAAUUAUUUCUAUUACUGACCUUUUGUAGUAUAUAAUAAUAAUAUGAUCUCUAUUAUUUGUAUGUAUAUUGUAUCUAAUAUAAGUAGCCUAUAUUAUAUUACUGAUUCGUCGACCCCAACACGGUAUUUUUCUUCUAUAUACCGUGGACCCCAAUACAUACCUUGAGGUCCAUAGGGCGAUUAACAAAAAUGUUUGUAUAAUAUAAUGUGUAUAAUGCUUGUCUUGUUGAAUAAAAAAUUUGAAUUUUAA